AUGGAUUGGGUACGAGGAGAAUCAGUUGGGAGAGGAACCUUUGCUACUGUUCAUUUAGUCAUACCCAAAGCUACUUCAAAUUACACUAUAUUUCCUUCUCCGACAGCAGUCAAAACAUCCGAGGUUUCAACCUCGUAUUCCCUCAAAAACGAGAAACAUGUUCUCGAUCGUCUAGGUUCCUGUCAACAAAUCGUUAGUUGUUUCGGAGAUGAUUAUACCUUCGAGAAUGGUCGCGAAUAUUACAAUCUGUUUCUGGAAUUCGCUUCUGCCGGUACUCUCGUUGAUCAAGUUAAAUUCCACGGUGGCCGGAUUCCAGAACAGAAUAUUCGCGGGUAUACCAGGUCAAUUGUUGAAGGUCUUAACCAUAUUCAUAGCAAUGGAUUCGUUCAUUGUGAUAUAAAGCUUCAAAACAUUCUUGUAUUCCAUGAUGGUGAAAUCAAAAUCGCUGAUUUUGGUCUUGCGAAAAAAUCAGGGGAAGAACAGAGUAGGUUGGAAUGCAGGGGAACUCCAAUGUAUAUGUCGCCCGAGUCAGUGAUCGACGGAGAGCAUGAGUCACCGGCAGAUAUUUGGGCACUUGGGUGUGCCAUGGUGGAGAUGAUGAUGGGAAAACCAGCAUGGAAUUUGGAGAAAGAUUCAUCUAUGUGUUCGUUGUUGCUUCGAAUUGGAAGCGGAGAAGAAUCCCCGAUGAUACCUGAAGAUUUAUCAAAAGAAGGAAAAGAUUUUGUGGAGAAAUGUUUUAUUAAGGAUCCAAGAAAAAGAUGGACGGCUGAGAUGCUUUUGAAUCAUCCAUUCAUUGAAGAAGUGAAGAAGAAUGUUAAUGAAGCAUCACCAAGAGAUCAUUUUGAUUUCAUUGAUUGGGUUUCAAGUGUUGCGGAUUUAACUCCGAGUUCGCCGGAACAUGAGGAGUCGUGUCAAUGGAGUUUUGAUUCUUAUUCUUGUUCGGCAGCGGAUCGAAUCCGGCAGCUUGUGACGGUUGAAGUGUCGGUGAGUUGGUUGGAGUCAGACAGUUGGAUUAGUGUUAGAUGA